UUGUACACAAAUGUCAUAAUGUCAUUCUCAUCUGGGUUUACCUCUGCGAAGUAUUUUUAUUUUUCCAAAAAAUUGUUGAUUAAAUCAAUAAUUCCUAAGUAAAUUACUGUUUUAGACGCCUAAUUAAGAUCAAAAUAGGAUUGAAAUGUCGGUAAUAGAAUUCUUGAAGGAUCUGCCGUCGUACGACGAGCACAACUUCACACUCUUCAAUACUGACCAUGGCAUACGGAAUUGUUCCAAAAGACCUUCAAUAUAUCUCCCCACUAAGGAUAUUCCUUCUGAACAAAUAAUUGUAACAGAAAAGACAAAUAUUUUAUUAAGAUACCUACACCAGCAGUGGGAAAAAAAGAACAACACCUCCCCAAAGAAACGGGAUCAAAGUCACAUAGAACAAAAUGGUGAUGAAACUCGACCACGCAAGAGGCCCUGCCUAAACUCUUCAUUUAACUGAAAAUGUUCCCAGACAACUAUGUGCUUCAGUUACAGACUCUACCAAGUGUAUUGCCAUUUUAUAUUAACAUUUGUAUAUCACAUUUUUAGGUCAAAUUAUACAUUGAUUCUCGAAACACACUGGUUUCAGGUUUUUUGGGAACUAAUGCCUCACAAAAUGCUCGAUUUAUAGAUUUACUGUUCAACUAUUUGAUUUACAUAAACACUAAAUUAAAAUAACAGUUCACUAUGACUUUUCUAGCUUUAUCUUCUGUCACCAUUUCAGCCAAAAGUUUUUAAAUUUUCAACCAAUUUGAAGUUUUAUGAACAUCACAUAUUUUACUAACCGACUUCAUUUUAUGUAUUCGGUGCUGAUGUGAUUUUAGUUUAGUUUUGGUUUAGUAACUCAAUUAUUAGCAUUGAAGGUGCCGAUACACUAUUAUUGUGCUGUGGUGCAACAGAAGUUAGUCAGUCAACAGAACAUGAACACUUGUCUUUAAUUCUCUUCUGCCUGUUACAUUUGAAUGUAAACGAGUUAUGAUUAAUUCAUUCCAUGUAAAUUAAGUUAUUAGAUUCUAUGUAACAUAGUAAUUUUGAUGUGCACUAGAAAAAUUGUUUAAAAUAAUGUAAAACCAGUAGUGGCACAGAGGGUUGAUGCAAACUAUUCAUUAAAAAUGUGUUCAGUAUUUAUUAUUAUUAUGGGGCAUACUUUAUUAAAUAUUUUUAUGCUAGGUCAGUUGCAUGAACAAUUUAAUCUGUUAAUCUGUUUUUUUCGUGCGAUAUUUAUAUUACCAAUGUUAAACACCUAUUGGCUACUGUCGCCUGAGAAUAUAUUGUUUCCUUUCAGCAGCUUAGCAUCAAAUUUUUAACAGCUUCCUUUUUCAGUGUGGCUAAUUUAGUGGUACACAAUCUCUAAACUUACUGAUCUAAAUCUAGUGCUGCCCUUUUCUGCAGAGAGCUUUAUGAAAGGGAUAGCAAUACAUUGAGAAUUUUUUUUAGAGAUUGUGUCUAAUUUUAUAAGCUAAUUGACAAGCUUGAAGGUGGCUUGACUUGGGCAUCCAAAUGAAAGGAUAUUUUGAACAUUUAAGCUGAUGUUAAAAUGCUAGCUUCUAAAUAAUUUUUAAAUACAUGUUAAAAAUUGCGAAACUGGCGGGUAUCGAACCUGCGUCUUCUGGGUUCGCGCCCGAAGCUUUAACCACUAAAGCACUAAGCUACAGCAUCGGUUACUGCCAGUAACGAAGUUUGUGAUAUGUAUGUUCACUCAGUACUAAAGCUGUACUGAGUACUGUUAAAUUGCUGGAGGCUCAGGUGAUAGUGCGUACCUAGAUAAUGUGGCUAAUUUUGAUGUACAAAAUAACUAAAUUGUGAGGUCUAAAUACAGUGCUAUCUCUUUCACAAUGUUUCCUGCAGAACAGGAUAGCAUUAGUUUUAGACCUGUCAAAUUAUUUCAGAGAUUUGUGUGCAGCAGAAUUUGCUACAAUGUGAUGGAUUCUGGUAAUAAAUGUUUUAGUUAUGAUAAGUUAUACUGGUGUAAAAUUAAAUUUGUGAAAUAUAUGACCACAUCAUCACUUUCCAUCAGGUGUGAUUGUGGUCAAGCGCUUAUUGUGAAUUAAAAAAAACAUAGUUUUUUAGGGUUCCGUAUCUAAAGGAUGCCAAUGGGACUUAUUAUUAACCCUUCUGCUGGCCGUCUGUCAGUCAGUGGGCUGUAUCUCGUGAACCGUAAUAGGUAGAGUUGAAAUUUUCACAAUAUGUGUAUUUCUAUUGCAAGCAUAACAACAACCUAAUAAAAGUUUCGAAAUGGUGGCCAAGAAAAUA